UUAACAAAAUCCGAGCCCAAAAAACUUGCACCAUCAUUCAAGUCGGAGUUCGAGGAACUUGCCUUUUUCUUGGCACCAUCACCAGAGUCGGAGUUUGAAGAAUUACAGCCUACUCUGACGCCAAGCUUAUUUGAACAUGGAGAACAAGUAUAUUUAUUACCAGCUGCAUUGUACGCCUUAGCAAAAGAUAUUCCGACACAUCUUGAAUGGAAGCAAUCAUUACAAGAGCUGUAUGAAAAGACUGGUUAUUCGCACGUUAGCACAUGGCGGUACGAUAAGCACGUGCGGUACAGGAAAAUGGUAAUUUUAUCCAUUUUAUGUGCAUGCGCACGGUUCAAUUACCGAAUACUCGGAAAUAUGACCUCACAUGACCACUACCAUGCAUAG